CACUUUGAAUACGUGGCCAACAGUGCGGACGAGUCAGGAGACCGGGAUUUGCGGAUCGAAGUGUCGGCCACUUUCUAUGACUCGCCGCAUAUGAAUGACUCACAACCCGUCGGCUCAAUGGAUCAUCUCUACGAUUACGAAGUCGUCGAAGUGUUUCUCUUGGGAUCCGAUGACCGAUAUCUUGAGCUGGAGUUCGCGCCCAAAGGACAGUAUCUGGUGCUACAACUGCACGGUUCCGGGAAUGUAACCAAAUAUCCAUUGGACCUUGAUAGUUUUACAGCUAAAAUUGAUGGCGAUAAAUGGUCGGGAAGUUGUGUCGUUCCCAGAGAUUAUUUACCCCCAGAUCUAACAAAAUUCAACGCUUACGGCAUUCACGGCACAGAUCCUGACCGACACUAUUUAGCUUUAUCUCCUACACCUUAUGGCAAAUAUACGGAUCCAAACUUUCAUCGAUUGGAUUACUUUCAAGCAUUUGAACUCAAAUAA